GUAGUAAAAAACGCGAGCGGCGCUUGGUGCGAGCGGAAGAGGAGGGAGGCGACAGACUGAAGACGAGGGCGAGUAGACUCGAGUUCAUUUCCCUCUCAUAUUAAUCUCUCAGCUGAGCCGCUCAGUCUGCGGGCAGCGAGAGCAGCUAACGGCAGCUAACGGCAGCUAGCAUCAAGCUAACUGCCGGAGCAGCGCUGUGUAGCGUCGUUAGCUUUAUGCUAACACGUUAGCCCAACAUGGCGGAGUAACAAACUAACUGAAACAUGUAAAAACGGUCAGAGUUUAGUGUUGAGGUCAUUUUUCUCAGGUUAUAAACGACAUAAAGAAGUGCAGGGUUUACUGAACCGGAAUAAGUUCUGCCUCUGAUGAAGCAGCCGACAUAUUUUAGAAAAUACCAGACAUGAUUCAGAUGAUCAAUAAUUUUACUUGCUCCGUGUCGUUUUACAGUUCAGUAAAUCUCUUCCAUCCUCAAAUAAUGGCAAAGUUAACGUUGUUUGACUUGUUGAUUUAAUUUUCUCCGGUUGUAAUUGUACAUACACCAGCCCUGUCUGGUUUAAUAUAUUAUAAUUAUAUUUAAAUAAACAGUUUGUAAGUGAGGGCAGAGAGUUUGACACUGAGCAGAGGUGAUUAAAUCUGCAGCCACACAUCUGUUCCGGUCCAACAGGCGCUUAAGCUGUUUGAAUUCACUUGUUUUAUUUAAAUGAAGCGGACACGGUGCUGCAGAACCAGGCGCAGUUUGUCUGAAGGUUUUUAUUAGGGCUGAAUAAUUCAACGAAAGUUUAUCUGAAUCACAAUCUGGCCUACUGCAUGUUUCAAAUGGCAGGAGGUGCCUACAAAUCAUCGUCUGGUUCAGAUCCUGUAAACACCACAAUCAUUUAAAUUUGUAUUUCAAUUGGGGCUGAGCAAUAAAACAAUAAUGAUAAUUAUUGCAAUAUAAUUAUGCUCAAUAUCAAUAUAAUAAAUUUCAUUAUAUCGUAAAUGAAUAAUUGUUUUAAUUCAUUUGAAUCACGGACAAAUUAGCACUUAAUUUUUCUAUUAAAAAACUUUUGUUGAAAAAAGAUUAAUCAUAUUUGUAGUAAAAAAAAAUAGUUUUGAAUGUUCUGCCUCAGAUUUGUGAAGCGAUCCACUUGUUGGCAUCAACUGUUUGUCACAUUCUGACCAUAAAGAAAAGUUGAACCACAUAAUUAACCAUCUGGUUUCUUCAAUUUUCACUCAGGAGCAAAAAUCUGCCUUUAAACUUGAAAGAUAUAAUGAUUUGACAUCUAUCGUGAUAAGUAUCGAUCUCAAACGAUAUGAAAUGUUUUUAUCGUGACUACAUUUUUGGCCGUAUCGUCCAGCCCUAAUUUCAAUGAAAAUUAGAAUAGUGAUGUAAAAAUGAUCGUUCCCUCUAAUGCCGCAAAUCAGAUCGCAAUAUCAGUCAAAAUAAUUAUAAUUAGAUAUUUCUCCUAUCUAUAAAAAUCAAAACUUGUGUGGGGGGGUAUUUCUGCUGCCUGUCCUUCAUUUUUGACUAUUUUCCUCAAAACUUUAACGUUUUCAUCAGCAGAAGUUUAUGUGUUUACAAACAUCAAAAUCCCGGUUAGAUUUUAGUUAGUUACCCAAAAAUGAUCUUUAACAUGACCUCUGUUAUGAUCAAUCUGUCAGCGCUGUGAGGACACAGAUCUCCGGACAUCGUACAGAAGAAAACACUGUCCUUUACUGCAGUAGUCGCUGUUUAAAUCAAACUAAUGUGUGAAAGCUGCAACUGAUCAAUGAACAACCAUCUGUCAUGUUGUGAUUGAUCACACCGUAGUGAUCAGGCUGGAGGAGAUGAUGGUGAGGACGACUGUGCAGCAGCUCAAACAAGUGGUGAUGUCACACAGACAUGUGACUGAGUUACCAUGGAGACUGAGGCCGACAGAAACACCGCUGCUGGACCUGAUCAGUCUGCAGAUCCUGAAUCAGACCUGACGCUUGGCUCCGCCUCCUCCCUCUUUUCACCUGAAACAGAUGAGGCCCUAAGCCCCGCCCCCUCUGCUGACUUGCGCCGCCCAAGACCUCCAGACACUGUGACCGAAGAAACAACAGCUCCUCCUCCUGCAGCUGACCACGCCCCCUCCGAUCCAGCUGUUGACACCUGGGUCACAUCACAGCUGCUGGUUCCGCCCACGGCGGUGUGGCAGAACCAGCUGAUCAUCGUGGAGCAGCAAGGUCAGACGCUGCCCGGUGAACACGUGGUGAUCGUGGCGGGCCAAUCAGAGAGCAGAGAGGUGUUUGUCAUCCCGUCCAAUCAGCUCUCAGGAUCCCAGCUGGCUGUGAUCUCCAGUAGCCCAGCAGGUGCUGUUGUUAACAUCCCUGUUACCACGGGGACAGACUCCAGCCAACCUCCCAGUGAGACGCCGCCGGCCAUCAGCAGCCUGGAUGUUUCUUCUAGUGUGAAGCCGCUGCUCUGCGGGGCCCCCAGCUGGGCCCUGAGGCUCCGUAAUGCUCAGAAGUUGGGAGACUCCUACAGAGGCUUCUGCUGUUCAGAGGCCGAGCUGGAGGCCAUCUUGUUGCUCCAUAAGCAGCAGACCGGCUGUGUCUUCGGGACCCGUCAGUCUCCGUCUGUGGACAAACCAGCAACCAGACUCAUGUGGAAGUCUCAGUACGUCCCCUACGACGGCAUCCCGUUCGUCAACACAGGCAGCAGAGCGAUCGUGAUGGAGUGUCAGUUCGGACCUCGCAGGAAGGGACAGCAGCCGAACAGGAGCUGUGAACACGCAGAGGGAACAUACAGAGCCACCUGUCCUGCCAGGAUCUACAUAAAGAAAGUUCGUAAGUUUCCGGAGUUCAGAGUUCCCACGGAGCCGGCGGCGGACAGGAAGAUGGUGAGGCAGGAGCAGGAGAAGGCCUUCCAGAACCUGAAGAACCAGAACCUGGAGACAGGUGGAGUCAUCAGGUUCUACCUGCAGCUCCCCACAGAGAGAGCUCACCUGUAUCACACUGUGGACCCCAUCCCCCCACCUCCCCCUGACCUCCCCCCUCCCCCCACACAGCCAGAGGAGGAAGAGGAAGAGGAGACAGGAGAGCCGGAUGGAGUCAUCCCGUCCCGCCUCCACCCUCAGGUGGCAGAGAAGAUCAGACAGCUGGUGGCUGCAGGUCACCGUCAGGUCUACAGCGUCCGCAAACAGCUCAGGCGGUUUGUGGAGAAGGACUUGUGUAAAUGCAUCAGUCCUCCAGAGAGACACGACCUGAGAUACUUCCCCACUGUCAACGACAUCAAGAACCACAUCCACGAAUCCCAGAAGGCCUUGGGGCUGACCACCACCGCUGAGUGGACAGAAGACAGAAGUGAUCCUGUGAUGGAGGCCGCCACCCUGACCCUGAGUCCUGCUGCUCAAGCUGUGGACUCUUUGUCUCCUGAAGCUGUUCAGCUCUUCACUUCUCUCUCGUCUCUGCAGCCGAAGAUCUUUGCUCAGCUGCAGGGAAUCCUGCAGCCGCUCCCUCCUCCUCCUCCUCCUCCCUCUUCCUUCCUGCAGACUCCUGUUGGGGAGUCAGCGGGGGCGUGGGGCCCAGAGGAGGUGCUCGAUGAGGGGCGGCAGCCUGGUGAAGGAACCCAGCAGGUGGUUCUACCGAACGGAGAGAACGUCCAGCUGCAGAUCAUCAACUCUGCUGCCCAAAGUGAGGACGCUCCGGUUGAUGUUAACGUGCUGCAGGUGGAGGUGAAAGAGGAAGAGAUGAAGGAGUUGGAGGACUUGACUGGCUCAUGUUGAGUCAGACUUGUUGACUCACCAGCACUGAUCCCAUCAGUGUGUCAUACUCAC